AUGGUCGAAAAGAACUGGCUUCUUGAAGCGGACAAAUUCGACCUUAGCCAGGACAAUGCUCGUUUUUCUUCAAGGCUUGGUGAGCUCGAAACCACCAUCUCUCAACUCCGGGAGGGAGCUGGAUUCAUCAAGUCCGAUGCCACGAGCAUGGCCGAAAGGCAUCGGCUGCUCAAAUCUAAGAGUGCCCAGUACAAAGAGCGGAUAAGGGUGUUUGAGCGGAAGGUAGCUUAUGAGCUAAUCGUACUUGAAGGUAACAUUGCAAAGUCUCUCAUUGACUCUGUUUCACUAUAUAGAGUUCAAAAUUUGAUACUUGGUUGUCCAUCCAAAAAUGGGAUUUCAAGUUAUGUUGCAAAUAAUGUACUGAAAAUGGCACCAAGCUUUUGCAAUAUUUACAUAGUUUCCAAAGGGAAAAUCAAUUCUAUAAGAAUGGCUUCUCACCCAUUGAAACGGAGAUCCUCAAUUCCUAGCAUACAAAUUCCACAACGCAAUUCCAACUUUGAUGCAGCUAAUUCAACAUUGGUGAAGAGUAGUUUCAUGCAAUCUAUUGAUGAGUUUCAGGAAAGAGGUGAAUUCAAGAAGAGACUUAAGAAUAUUCUGAAGGAGACUGUAUUAAGAUCACAAAAUGUUUUUGGGAAAGGUAGACAAAUCUUAGAUGCAACUUUGGUGGCAAAUAAAGUGUUCGAGGGAAUUGAGCCAAGGGGCUCCUUUAUCACCUAUGCUCUUCAUUUGAUGGAAUCUUUGAGUAGGAUAAUUGAUAGAGUUGUUAUGCGAGGACAUAUAAAGGGAUUCAAUGCUAUGGUUGAAAGUGUUGGCACCAUUUUGGUCUCUCAUCUUUCAUUUUCAAAUGAUAUCUUGGUUUCACACGAUGUAGUUGUGAUCCAGUUGAAAUAUCUGGGCCAAGCGUUAACUUGGUUUCAGAAAGAAAUGGAAGAAAAGAUGAGAAGACUAGAGUUUCAAACAAUUCAAACUAUGGAAAUGUACCAUGCAGCCUGCAAAGAAGCACUACGAGAGAAACAAAAGUUAAAGGAACUUGAAAAUUUGAGGAAGGAAGAUGUGAAGAAACUUAAAGAAGCGAGACGAGAAAAGGAAGAGGCAUUGGCCUGUGUUGAGAAGGAGAAAGCAUUAAGAAUGGCAUCAAAGGAAGAGGCGAAAGAAGCUCAAAGAAAGGCUGAAAGAGAGGUACAAAGGAGAAAGUGUUCGGAAAGAAAAGCUCGUAGAAAAUCUGAGGCCAAGAAGUCUGCACUAAAGUCCUUAGUUCAUUCCCAAAAGGCCAUGGAGUAUCAAAGUUUACUUAGGAUACUUGUGGUUUUGAUAAUUUUCUACGUUUAUUUCUUUGAUUUGACAUGA